AUGCACCCUUCUUGGAUUAUCGGCGUCAUUGCCAUCAUCUUCAUUGCUCACCCAGCAACCUCGAUCAAAUGUUUCGUAGGACCAAUCGACACGUUGAAGAUGGGCGAAUUCGUCACCUGCGUCAAGGUCUUCAUUGCCGAAACCAAGCAAAGCUGGUACGAGGGCUCCAACACCACCUUCUUGGAGUUCAACAAAAUCUGCCAUGUCACUUACGAAAAGGAAUACAAGAAAGUGGUGGAGAGAUGCUUCUGCGACAACAAACAUUUGUGCAACUUUGAACUUGAAUCCAACUCUCCAGACGCCCACACCACUACUGCCAAACCCAUGACUGCUUCUGAAAUGCCUGUCGACCAGCAAAUCAGAACUAUUGAGCAAAAAAUUGACGAUUUUAGAAGAGCAUCUGCCCCGGUCGUAACUGGACGUGAUUAA